AUGGACGGCCAUACACCAGCCACACAACCUCCGCAGGACACAGCCCCUGCUACCUCGUCCGAAGUUGAUGCGUUGAAGAGCAGGAUGGAACAGCUGGAGAAUCAGAUCGUGCGCCUGGUAGAUCUAGUGAAUAACAACGGUCUUUCGAUCGAAAGCUCCUCUACUUCCCUCACAACCUUUGCCACUCCAAUUUACAAUGGCACUCCAACGGCUUCGCAGUCCAAGUCAACUGCUCUCGAUCGGACCUUCCUCGCACUCGACGAUCUAUCAAGGGGCUAUACAGAGUCUCCAAGCGGUACACCCAGGAAUGAAUCUGCAGCAAGGUCGGAUAUCUCACAAAUUGCCUGGCCCAGCGUUUUCCUCAGCAACAGCUUCCCACAAUCAUCGGCUCGGCCCACGCAGAAUCUCUUUGACAUCGCCUCAGCUCUUCCAAAGCAGGAGAUUGUAAACAUUUUAGUGGAUUUUCAUUUGAACAACGAUGGGGUUUUCUGGCACUUCGUCCAAGAUAAUGUAUUUCGAGCCGAGCUCUCACAAUUCAGCCAAGUUCGCUUUACUCCCAGUCUCGUACUUGUAGACCCAGCGUGGCUCGCCCUGCUCGUUGCGAUGUUGAGGGUAUCCUUGCAAAGUCUUGUUCACUAG